GGAUAGGUUUUCAUCAUCGUCAGGUACUAAUAUGAUGUCCAGUGAUAAUUAUCGAAACCGGUUUAAUCCCGCUUCAAAUUCAUCGCUUCCUUCCAAUUAUAGUUCCAUGUUUAGUACUUCCCCAUCCACCACAGCUCCAACUGUGGCUUCUGUGCUUGCUUCUAAAUUCAUCAAUGGCGGUGCUUUCAAAGAUAUUCAAACUAGAGGGCCUCAUCAGCAUAAUCAAUACUUCCAGUCCUUGCUACCAUUUGAAGAUCUUCAAAUAGCGGCCGGAAGCAACGGUGAGGCUGGUAGUGCCUCGAAAGACGUGAAAGUAGAAGAUCAUGGUGGCCAAAACAGGUUAGAGUGGAAUAAUAACAAUGGCAGCAGUAAUGUGAAUGGUAAUAUGAAUUGCCAGAAUCAGAUCACGGAGCAGAUGGGGCUCUCAGAUCCUACUCUUUACUGGAACUCAUCGACUCUCGGUUCUAAUUGGCAUGAUCCGGCAAAUCUUGGGUCCUCAGUCUCUUCACUGAUCUAGCAAAACCCAACUUUAUCGUCAACGUUAUUUUUCGAUCUCAAAACCUCCUUUUUCCUUAAUUAGAGUCAUUUUUAGGUUUUUAUUAGUUGGUUGGUUAUUGGUUUUUAGUGAAUUGGUGUGUGGUUUUAGAAAGCUCAAGAAAAAAAAAACUAGAAAAAAAUUGGAAAAACUUGUAAAAGAAAGUUCAAGGGUACAGUAUUGGAAAGAAGAUGGCAGGAGCUGGGAUCGGAGUGAUCAUGUCAGCAGCAAUAAGAGAAUCGGCUUCUUGAUAAGUUUUAUUAAUCAAGGGUUGAGAAUCCCCCGUAAAUUGCGCUGAGAGGAACCUCGGAUCUUCUUCGUCUCACUGCCUCGAGUACUAUCAACGAUCAUCAUGAUCAUAAUCGUAAUCAACAUCUUCUACACAGAGCUGAAGUCUCCUCCAUUGGUGCAAACACCUCCCUCUCUAGUCCAGUAAGUUGGUGUGUUUAUUUGGUAUGUGUAUAUAUGUGCAUGACAAUGUUUCCUAAAUCUCAUAUGUAUUGGUUAUAAUUAGCUAGGUUGGGGUUGGUGGGUUUACUUUAUAUAUGAUCAGAAGGAACUAAUUUUGUUUUUCUUCUUUUGUUCAUGGGGAUGGUGUGUUUAGAGGGGAAACAUGGGGUUAAUUUGGUAUAAUGGUAUACAAGAGAUGGGAGACAAUUGUUGUUGCAAGGUGGGUAAUAUAUGUUGGUUUUUCAUUUAUAUGAUGUACGUUUCAACUUAAUUUGUACUUUGUAGUUGAUGAUAUCAUUAGCUGGUUUUGAAUUUGAAAUUAUGUUUUGGAAGAA